AUGCAGCCCUCACCACACAGCCAGCCACCCAGUCAGCGCCAGCACCACAGUAGAUGGCGCUGCGACUCCCAGCAACAGCACCCCGAGUUUCAUACCCACAAUUCACACAAGCCACAGCCUCCGCUUCAGCUCCACCUGCAGCGCCAGCAGCAGCACGUGUCCCACCAACGACCGGCGUCAUCCAACGACAAACCCAACCCCUCAGGCACCACCAGCCAUCCCCCACUAAGUCCACUGCGUCAGUCCUACAGGCCGCUGCCCCACCUGUCCCAGCGAGUGCCCAAUCAAGCUCAGCCCCACACCCACAGACACACCAACUACCAAUUCCACAUGGACAAGUCAGCCAACGUCAGUGUGCAUCCGGUGUCCCAGCCCACCAUCAUCCCAGCAGCAGCAGUUCAGCCAGGCACAACGAUGCCAGCCAUCACCGCACCAGUACAGCACACCAGACCACCGCCCACAUCGCCAACGUUGCACAGUUGCCACAGAACACACAUCAGGUCACCACCCACACACGCCAACCGGCAGCAACCCCCAGCAGACCCCACUCCUCCAGUCACCCAAUCCAGCCGACCUCCGCCCAGGCUGCUCCACAGGUCAAUCACCCAGGCGACGCAACACCCGACUACUCCCUGGCCUGUUGCAGCCCAGCGGUCCCAAGUCACAGGCUUUCUGAAAAAGUCUCCCAUAUCCAGCUCCCAGUCAACCAGUUACACCAGCACUAGUCACCAGUUCAUCAGGCAACAGCCCCCGCGCCCUAGUCACAUUCAAGUCAGCACACCCCGCCACUUCCAAUCAUCCAUUACAGCCAGCAGCAACCCAGGCAUCCAGCAUUCAGCCAAGCAGACAGCUAGGUCGACAACUACUCAGUCAGCAGCAGCAGACCCCAACACCCAAUCCCCUUCACAGCACCAUUCUCCCCCAACCCAAGAACACGAACUAGCGCCAGCAGCACCACCAGCAGCAGCCCAGUCCCAGGCCCACAUAUCGUAG